CUGCCUCCUCGUGGAGGCGCAGCGGCUACGUAAUCCGCGCGCGCGCGCUCCUUCUCCAUCAUCUCCGUCCGUCCGUGGCGUGGGAGGGAGGCGUCUGUCAAACCCGCGGAGCGUCAGCACGUCCUCUCCUCUCCUCUCCUUCCCUCUCCGGCUCCGUCGGUCCGUGUGGAGGACACUACGCUCGUCGCCUUCAGAGCAGCCGAAGUUUGGAGACGCUACUCGGGCAUCAGCCGGGGAUUUAGUCGCUCGCAUCCCGGAAGGUUCUUUUGAGGAGGAAGUUGGAUCAAACAGCCACGCGCGCGCCGAUCCGGAGCCAUCCACGCCGCCAUGGACGCGUUAAUGAAGGGUUUCACCAAAGCCAAGGACGGAGUCGUGGCAGCGGCGGAGAAAACCAAGCAGGGAGUGACUGGAGCGGCCGAGAUGACAAAGGAUGGGGUCAUGUAUGUCGGCACCAAAACAAAAGAUGGAGUUUCCACAGUUGCAGGUAAAACUGUGUCUGGAGUGUCUCAGGUAGGCGGAGCUGUGGUCACCGGGGUAACCGCCGUGGCCCAGAAAACUGUGGAGGGUGCCGGCAACAUCGCCGCCGCCACUGGAUUGGUCAAGAGGGAUCCGACUAAACAAAGUGACGACGCCUCAGCGGAACAGAAUGCAGCAGAGUCACCUGUUGAUACUGAUCCUGCUGAGGCUACAGAGGAAGACAGCGAUGACUGAUUGGCUCCGGAGCGCCUCAAUCAAAAAUCGAAGACCGAAACAUUCCAUGUCGCACUGCCAAGUCCCGUCGUGCCUCGCUUUGGGUCUGUCAUGGAGUCUGUGCGUGAAGUCUCUGUGUUUCUGCUGGUAUCGUUCCGUUUGUCUGUUGGUUGUAGCUGUUGUAGAGACUGGGAGAUGCUGCUUGUGGGCGUGUGGGGGUGUGUGUCUUCGUUUGUCUCUGUGUGCGAGUCUUUUGUCCCGAAAAGUGGGAAAAUCCGAUGGAAAAGGGGGGUUUGGAACAGCAGUGCAGGAUCAAAAAUGUUAUUUUGCUUUUUUUUAUUGAUUAAAUUUAGUUUCAAAAAUGCCCUCAAAUGCCCCUUUUAUCAAUUUGAUUCAGGUAAAUGAAAAGGCAUUUAAUGAUAUUUUUUUUCUACAAAAUCAGAACAAAUUUUGCUUUAGAUAUCUCAGAAAAAAUGUGGAUUAAAAGAAAUAAAAGUACACUGAACAGGAAAAGUCAGUUUUAUUCUAAGUUAUAGACAUAAAUAUUAAAUAGGUUUGAAAAGGUUCAAAAUCUUAGUAAUUUAUUGUUGUUUACUGGAAUGGAACAAACGAUAGCUAUUAUCUAUAAAGAAAUGAAUUUCCUUAUAACAAACAGCAGGGGGCGUGAUGCCAAAAUGCACUGAAAUUAUACACAAAAAGACAAACAACCAUUUAAAAAAAUGCAUUUGCAAGUUUAAGUUGGUUAAACUCAGCAGUAAUUCCCAGUUUAUAAUUUUCCCAUGAAAACAAGUUGUGAAAAACAAUACGAAGUAUCCCCGCAGCGAGCAGAAGAGCGCCCUAAAUUUACCCGUCUGUGUUGCGAAGCAGACCGGUGCUGCACUGUCAGGAAGUGGCAGGAACAGUUGCAAAAAAUCAACAAAACAAAACACAAAGUUGCGUUACUUUCAGGGAGUUCACACACACAAACACACAGAGUAUCAGCUCUUUCCUCCAUCUUGCCUUCUGUGCCUCGUGUCUCUUGACUGUGACAGGAUCUGAAACAGCUCACCAGCAGUUCAAAUUUAAAGCUGCGGCGCGUUGGGAAGUUGCGUACGGGGUUACAGCUGGGCCAACAAUUUGUUUGCAUAUGCACAAGGGAAGCUGAACAUGUGGCGAAACAUGUUUAUGAACCUGAACUUCAGCUGUGAUGAAGUGUCAAACGUUCGUGGGUUCAAUUCUUCCUGACCCUGUGGUUCCAGGUGGAAAUUUGCUUUAAAUUCAUCCCGUAUGCUAAGCAGAGAAAAGGAUGAACUUCACAGCUAAAGGGUUGUUGGUUUCUAAAUCUAGAAAACUUUAAAAAAAAGUAAAGAAAUUAAAAUAAACUGUGGAUGUAGCAUGCUAAUGUUUAUGCUAGCAUGCAUUUGUUUACAUGGCUGCUAGCUACAUCAAAAGAGUCGUAAUGCCACUUUAAAUUUUGUGAUAGAGCUAACAAAAUAAAGGUAUAAAUAUAUUUUUAUUUUUUAGUUGGAUACUAACAAUUAAAUAUAUAUAUAUAUAUUUAAAAAAAGGGGGGGUUGAGUUAGCUCUAAUUCAGAACUAUGGACCAAACGUAACUGUUUCCUUUCUGUUUUGUCGUUAGCUGAAGUUUAAGACUAUUUUUUGGCUUAAAUGGUACAUACACACCGGGUUUUUGGCACACGUUCAAGAACUCGCUAAAAAGGCAUUCAUGAACACGAUUUUAGCAUAUGGUGUUCACACUGCACUGUUGCUACCUGAUACUGUUUGGAAGAGGUGCGAAUUGUCAAAGCGGUUUAAAUCUUGCUCCGGGGAUUUUUCUUAGUAUUUUAAUUAUGAUUAAUUUAUCCUUUAUUAUCAAGUUUCAAACGGGUGGUAAGUCCAUCUUUUUAUAUAUAUAUAUAUACAUAUACUAUAAAGGACGUCAAACAUCAGUACCAAUUCCGAAUCCCUGAAUUUGUGCGUUUACAUACUUUUCAGUGAAAGUGAUUGCUUGAACGUGUGUUUCCGAGCCCGGUGUGAACAUAGCAUGAUGACUUUUUUAUUUUUUAAUUUUUGUUAUAAUGUCAAAAACAUAUGCAGACAAUAUCUAAACACAACAAUUACUUCACUCAAGUCCUGAUCAGAACAUAGUAACUGUAGAGUUUCAGAAGGCGAAACAGAGAAAGCUGAAGCGACAGCAAAGUGUGUCUCCGUGAAAAUAUAAAGAAAUACUUUAUAUAAAGAAGUAGAGAAGAAUAUAGUUUGUUCAGUGCUGCAAAAAACACUCAAAUAAGAUGAUUUACAAAGAGAAACUGUGUUUAGGCUGAAGUGAAAGAAAGUUUCAGGGAGUUUCCCCACAAAGAUAAUGAGACAACAUGUGUUUGUGUGUUUGUAUGUGUCUUUUGUCAACUACGUGGCUAUAACAGUAACCUAAUCAUGGAAAACACCACAAUCUACAAACACCUAAGUGUCUCUAUAUAAGUAAAGAGUUACAUGGCUUUUUUUUUUGGACACUCCGAUGUUCUCCGUUUUUUCUGCACAAUGUCUCUUCUUUUACGCGAUGGACUAUGACGUGCUAAGCUAUCUGUGAAUUCCUAUUGUAUUUUCUAGCAUGUAAUAUUUUAUUCAUGAAUUUAUUUGGACAUAAAUGUUGAAUAAAUUAUACAAAGUGUGA